AUGGCAUACAAAGGUCGACUAGCUGUCAUCGCGGGCGGCUUAGGCGGACUUGGCUCAGAAACCGCCAAACUUUUGCACGCAGAAGGCGCAGCACUUGCUCUUCUAUACGCUCCAUUUGAGGCCGACCGCCGAGACAAACUCCUCGAGGGCGCCUUCGGCAACCCAGCACCCGACAACGUAAAGACCUACGAAGCAGACAUCACGGACGAGGACCUUGUAGCCAAGGCCUUUGCAGCUAUCAGCACUGACCUCUCCUCGCAAGGCUCGCCCGUUUUCCCUUCAAUACUCAUCAACGCAGCAGGCUACGUCUCUGUCCAGCCUCUGACCGAGACCUCUGCGGCGGAAGCAGCCAAGAACAUCUUGCCCAACCUCCUUGGUCCCUUCAUCGUCAGCAACGCCUUCUACAACCUGUACACCAAGACUAAAAGCACCGGCACUAAACCACCUGGCCGCAUCGUGUCCAUCUCCAGCCAAGCCGCACAUGUAGCCCUACCUAGCCACGGCGCAUACUGCGCUUCGAAAGCUGGACUGCUCGGCCUCGUUCGGUCGCAAGCGCUGGAGUGGGGUCCAGAGGGCAUCACGAGCAACAGCGUAAGUCCAACUGUGGCGAUGACAGAGCUAGGGAGGAAGGCGUGGGCCGACCCAGAGAAGCGGGAUGAUAUGCUGCGGCAGAUCCCGACAGGGAGGUUCGCUGAGCCGGAUGAGAUUGCCAGAGCGAUGGAGUGGUUGUGUAGGGAUGGGAACGGGAUGCUCAACGGGACGGAUAUUAGGAUAGAUGGAGAGCGCGUAAUGAUCGAGCGCGAUCUUCUUACCAAGCUGGAGACAUCUUAUCCUAGGACACCACAACUACAAACGCAGAUCAAGAAGGCACAGCACAGACUCAAGGCUCGUCAGGAUGACCUAUGGGAGGAUACGUGCCUUGCCCACCCCCACCUAGGCAUGUGA